GUAGCUCCUUGUACUUGUUCAGCCUCAUGACCCUCACGUCUGCUCUUAGAAAAAUGAAGUAAAACGCCUUUCUUCUCCCCUCUUGUUCUCGAACGCUCGCCGGAACAUGAGCAGCGGGGGCGACAUGAGCCAGUUCGCAUACGGCAUGGCGUUCGGAAUCGGUAUCCUCGCCAUCGUCCUCCUCGUCACCGUCUCCUGCUGCUGCUGCCUCCGUGACCACAGCCGGGAGUUCAUUCCGGCUCCGAUGGCGCUCCAGCAUCUCGACGCCUUGUCGGGGACUGCGGCAGACAGGGGGAUCGAUGAGGCCACGCUCCAGAGCUACCCGACGGUCCUAUUCUCGAGCGUGAAGCACCUCGAGAAGAACAACUUAGCAGACUCGAGCGACGUCAUCGGCGGUGGUUCUUGCUCGAUAUGCUUGGGAGAAUACAAGGAAGGCGACUUGCUGCGGCUGCUGCCGGUGUGCGGGCACUUGUUCCAUAUGAAGUGCGUCGACCCGUGGCUGAGACUGCACGCCACAUGCCCCGUCUGCAGAAGGUCGUCGGUGGGGCAGCUGGGCCAACCUGGACUUGAAUCACAGACCGUGGCCGUGCUGGUCGACGGUGAUCUUCACAGCGGAGACAGGUAAGAUAGGUAGUUCUAAGAAAAUGGUAUUCAAGAUGCACGUCCAAUUGAAGAAGAAGUUUAGGAAUCCCCCACUCAACGCAAACAAAAGGAGACUUUGUUCAUCUAUUUCUUAGGGUAUCAUACAUUUUGGCAGCAUGGUCGAGCGGUACGACAGGGGACUGCAAAUCCCUUUUCCCCAAUUCAAAUCCGGGUUUUGAAAGGUGGUCCUCCGGAAAAGGAUUAGGUGGAAGAACGCGUCUGUAACAUUUACCGAAAGAAAGCACUGAUGGUCGUCUUGAAUCCUCCACUUUUCAAACUACCCUCUAUUUCUUUGGCUUCAACAGAGCCAAACCUCUUCGGAUUUUCUCCUCUGUGUAUCCACUUUCAAAUUUUUAUGUGACGAAAGAGGCUGCAAUUGGAAUUUCUUUCAAGAGGGUCCGGAAGACAACUUCUGAGAGAAAGAAAGGGAGUGCUAAUUCCAAGGAUCAGAUGAAGGAGAUGAUGCUGAUGCUGAUGCUGAUGCUGAUGAUGAUGGUGGUGGUGGAGAAGAAGUUGACCAAAUUUGAUUGGCCGUGUGAUGUAAGGGGAGUCGCUGUCGAAACCCAUUUCGAUUCGUACUUUAUAAAAUCUGGCAGCGCUCCUCAUUUUGUCAAAUUUGAUUUUACACAUGUAAAUCAUACUAUUCAAACCUCGACCAUCUUUCUCACGUAGAGAAGAAGAGGUGGAAGAUUUGAAUCGCUACUUUUUCAUGAGAUUUGGAAUAGAAUCGAUUUAGUUUUGAA